AGUUUGCAAGUUAAUAGAUUUCGUGUUGGAAUCGGAAAGGAACCCUAACAAUUCGUCUCUCCAAUUUAUAUAAUUUAUGUGUUUGUGUGUAUAUAUAUAUAUUCGCUUUCGAUAAUUCUUCCCGUCUCUGAUUGAUUUUGACCCUCUUGAUCUUUUCCUCCAAUCAAUCUGCCAAACCCCAGCGACCCUAAUCGGUUCCUUUUCGUGUCUGAGAGCAAACGCAGUGAGAGUUCCGCCAUGGCCAAAAGCUCGUUCAAGCUUGAACAUACUCUGGAAAGGAGGCAAGCAGAAGCUAGUCGUAUCAGGGAGAAGUAUCCUGACAGAAUUCCAGUGAUUGUGGAGAAGGCUGCAAGGAGUGACAUUCCUGACAUUGACAAGAAGAAAUACCUUGUCCCUGCUGAUCUCAAUGUUGGGCAAUUUGUCUACGUUGUAAGGAAGAGGAUCAAGCUCGGUGCAGAAAAGGCUAUAUUUAUCUUUGUCAAUAACGCUCUCCCUCCUAAUGCUGCCCUGAUGUCUACAAUUUACGAGGAGAACAAGGACGAGGAUGGAUUUCUUUACUUGACAUACAGCGGAGAGAAUGUCUUUGGUUCCUUUUAAGAGCGAGAAUGCUUGUAAAUAGAACCUAUGAAAUGUAAAUUCUUAUCUUAAACAUGGUGGUUGAACUAAUUUUCAUUUCAUUUUAUGGAAUUUCAAAGGAUGUUAAUGAUCGCUGAACUAUUUUGAUUAUUUCCGGUUAUCGUUUCA